AUGAGACGAGCUCGACGGCGUGUUUCUUAUGUUAUCACCCAUGAUCAAAACGAACAUGGACAUCUUUUAGGAGUUAAUUCUUUAGCCAUAGACACGAAUACAGUGAAUCCAGACUCUGGAAAGCCAGAGGGAAUAUUGUAUACUGCUGGACGUGAUGGCGUUAUUUCUUCAUGGGACUUGCACUUGCCGUUUAGAGAAAAAAAAGAAAGACGUGAUUCGUUAAACCAAAAGGCUAAUCAAAUUUCGGAAACUGUUAAUACCAAGGAGAAAGAUGAUAUUCCUAUAGGCCAGCAAUUUGAGGAUUUUAAAAACUGGGAACUCGAUAUAGGAGAGUUGGACACUACUCAACCAUCACCAAGAUCAACCUUUCGCCAAUCUUUUCAUAGUCAUACCGAUUGGGUAAAUGACAUUGUAUUAUGUCACAACAAUCAAACUCUUAUAUCCGCCUCAUCUGACCGCACAUUAAAACUCUGGAAUCCCCAUAAGACCAAUAAUCCGAUAAAUGUGGGUAAACACACUGAUUACAUCAAAGCUCUUGCAUAUGCACCUGGGCCUGGUUGGGUUGCUAGUGGUGGCUUUGAUCGAAAAAUUGCUAUUUGGGAUAUUACAGAGUGUAGACCUUCGUCAAAUGAAUAUAGUCCGACCAACUCCUUAGAACCUGAAUUUAAUCCUAAAGUUGCAAUUCUUGAAGCAUCUCCAAAAUCAUCUGUGUAUGCCCUUGCUUGCAAUCCUUCUGGAACGGUGCUCGCUUCUGGCUCUCCAGAAAAGAUAAUUCGUGUUUGGGAUCCACGCACUGGCAAGCGAAUAAUGAAAUUCACCGGACAUACGGAUAAUAUUAGAGCUAUCUUAGUAAGCAAUGACGGUGAAUUAAUUUUAUCAGGAUCAUCUGAUACCACAAUAAAACUCUGGUCUUUGACGGCGCAAAGAUGUAUCAACACUUUUACCAUACAUUCUGAUUCUGUUUGGGCGCUAUUCUCGAAUCAUCCACGUCUUGAAACUUUUUAUUCGGGUAGUAAAGAUGGAUUAGUGGCAAAGACCGAUUAUAGUGGUUUAGCGGAAAUUCGCGAUGGUGAAUGUGUAGCAAUCUGCAAAGAAAAUGCGGGUAUUGUAAAGAUGGUAGCGCUAGAUAACAAAUACAUAUGGACAGCUACAUCUAAUUCAAAUAUCAAUAGAUGGCUAGACGUUCCAAUCCAUCCUCGUCGUAAAAAUUUCUCACAUAUACAAACAUCCACUUCUAAUCCAACCUCUCCGGUUUCUCCAUCUUCGCCAACUAUACCACCUAUACCUCCUUCAGCGAUUAUUAAGCUUACCUCCUCGGAUACUUCAUAUGGUAUCGCCGCUGCAGACUCUGAGAUUACUACAUUAUAUUCUAUUGACUCAGUAUUAGUCGAAGAACAACCAUAUGAUGAGGUUGAUAAUGAUGAUCCUAUCCCAAUUCGAGAUUGUCCGGAUUUUGUCAUACCAGGUCAACACGGUUUAAUUAAGCAUUGUAUAUUAAACAAUCGCAGACAUAUACUCACAGUUGACACAUCGGGCGAGGUCGCACUUUGGGAUAUUAUUGAGUGUAUUCGCAUUAAAACAUUUGGUAAACGGGAUUUGGAUGAAGUUUGCCAAGAAAUUAAUUCCAUCGAAUCAAUCCCAAACUGGUGUUUUGUGGAUACUAGAAUUGGCGCACUAACUAUCCACUUAGAAGAAUCCCAAUGUUUUGAUGCGGAAAUAUAUGCAGAUGAGAUUGGAAUACAAGAAGAUCCUGAUAAGGAGAUCAAAAUUAAUCUUGGCAAAUGGGUGUUGAGAUAUUUAUUUGCUAAUUAUGUUCGUGCACAUGAAGAAAGUCAAAAUCGAGAGUCUUCACAACAUCAAAAAACUUCACAUGACUCAUUAUUAGAGCGUCAAAAUGAGACUUUAGAAAAUGAACCACAAUCUCCGAAUCGACUACAGCAUAUUUCAUUUCCUCCUGCUACAAUGCAAGCUCAAUUUGGUGAUGUUGCGAAUAUGACUGCUAGUGCCAAUGGUUCAAUGUUCGCAUCGUCAACAUUAAAUAUGAAUCUGUCAGGUCCUGCUAUUCCUAAUCCUGUCGCUGCGCCUAUUUCAUCUUCUAACGCAAUGAAUACCACUACCACCAUUCAAUCACCUAACACUCAAUUUGCAGCAUUCACUGGUCCAUAUACUGCACCUGCUACUACCGGAGGACAACCCGAUUAUUUUUCCGGUUCACAUCAUAAUUCACCAACUAGUCCAACAGGAACUUCCGGUUCACGGACACCUCCCGGAACCAUAGUAGUGAGCAAUAUGGGUUCGGUAGGUUCAGUUCCGGCAGCACAAGUUAUCCAACCACCGCCACCAGCACUAGUCAAUCAAGCAUCGAAUAGUAAUGGAUCUUCAAGCACUGUAAUGGGUCGACUUAAACAUUCAAUAAAUAAUGGUGUCCGAAAGUUGUCGCGAUCUCCUAGUACUGAUGCGAAAAGUGAAAAUAAUGCGUUAUCAAUAAACACUGGUAAUUAUCCAAACUCAAGAAUUAUUCCAGAUAGUAAAUCAAAUGCUGUCUCUCAAGUAUCAGAAGAAGACAGCCAGAGCAAAGAUGACGAUGAAACGGAAAAAAAGAUAAACUCUCCAACUAGUUCUCAUGCGCCGUCAACUAUUCCACAUUCAUUUUCCACAAGUUUACAACAAUCUCUCGCUCAACAAACAAAAGGCAACCAACAGCCUGGAUUAAUAAAUAUACCUAUUUUACCUGCACCUUUCGGACAUUUUGAUUUACGAGAAAGUCCUGAAAUUAAUAUUCCAUCGCACACUACAGUAAUAAUUUCUGAAGAGUCGCCGGAAGCUUCAACUAGCGUAGAUUUAUAUCGUGGUACGAUGGCUUCACUUGGCUCGGAUUACGAAGAAAUUAAACGGCAUAUACCAUCAUGGCUCUGUGAUUUUUUAACAUUGAAUAAAGUUCCGAAUAAAGAACCGGCAAAAGUCAGUUUUAUCUUACGUCCUCAUGAAGGGUCUGGAAUGAGUGAGCUGCCCAAUGGCAAUACGUUUAGUAAUAUGAAGCUAUCAGCACCUCGAAUCCUUCGUCCCGAGAUGUGGAUAGAGCUAGUGUGCCAGGAUCAAGUUUUGGCUCCAACAAUGACUUUGGCAACGAUAAAAGCACAUAUAUGGAAAUCCGGUGGUGAUCUUGUGAUGACAUAUAGAAUGCGUGUGAAAAGUGUUUAG